AUGAUGGUCGAUCUGAGCGCGUUUUCGGACGAAAAUUUCGAUCCGAAGAAAUGGAUAAACAGUGCGGUGCAGCAGAGGCACCCGCAGGAUCCGCUCGACAAGCAUUUGGUGGAUCUGGAAAUGAAGCUCCAGAUGGUUUCCGAGGAGAUCGCCGCCUCUUUAGAGGAGCAGAGUGCUGCUUCACUUCUGCGCGUCCCACGCGCCACUCGUGACGUCGUCCGCCUCCGUGAUGACGCUCUUUCACUUCGCUCCUCUGUUGCUUCUAUCCUCCAAUAUCUCAAAAAGGCAGAGGGGUCCUCUGCAGAGUCAAUAGCUACACUUGCCAAAGUUGAUACAGUCAAACGGAGAAUGGAAUCUGCUUACGAGACAUUGCAGGAUGCUGCUGGAUUGACUCAGCUGAGCUCAACUGUUGAGGAUGUCUUUGCCAGUGGUGAUCUUUCCCGAGCUGCUGAAACAUUGGCUAAUAUGAGACACUGCCUGACUGCUGUUGGAGAGGUUGCUGAAUUUGCCAAUAUAAGAAGGCAACUUGAAGUCUUAGAAGAAAGACUAGACUCAAUGGUGCAGCCUCGUUUGACAGAUGCAUUGACCAAUCGCAAGGUUGAUGUUGCCCAAGAAAUGCGGGGAAUACUCAAUCGCAUUGGGAGAUUUAAGUCUUUAGAGCUUUGCUACAUCAAAGUCCAUCUCAAACAGAUAAAGAAGCUCUGGGAAGAUUUUGACCUUAGGCAACAAUCUAGUAAGCUUGCAAAUGAUAAGUAUGAAGUAGAGAGGCUUUCAAGUAGCCAUGAUUCGCAAUCAAAUAUGUCCACAAUUUCGUUCUCCAGUUGGUUGCCGAGUUUCUAUGAUGAAAUGCUGCUGUAUCUGGAACAAGAAUGGAAGUGGUGUUUGGUUGCUUUUCCAGAAGAUCACAGAACACUUGUUCCUAAGUUCUUGAUAGAGACAAUAUCCACCAUUGGUGCAAGUUUUGUAUCCCGAAUCAACCUUGCUACCGGGGAUGUUGUUCCUGAGACCAAAGCAUUGGGCAAAGGUAUAUUAGAUAUCUUAUCCGGGGAUUUAUCAAAAGGUAUCAAAAUUCAGAAUAAGCAUCUAAAGGCUCUGAUAGAACUACACAAAAUAACGGGGAGUUUUGCUAGGAAUGUUCAGCAUCUGUUUUCAGACUCCGAUCUUCAUGUUCUGUUGAACACAUUGAAGGCGAUCUACCUUCCUUAUGAAACUUUUAUACAAAGGUAUGGGCAAAUGGAGCGUGUAGUGCUAUCUGGUGAGAUUGCAGGACUUGAUCUUAGAGGAGUUACUACUCGCAUUAUUGGUGUACAGGGAGUCGAACUCAGUGAGACAGUUCGAAGGAUGGAAGAGUCCAUCCCUCAAGUCAUUCUACUACUUGAAGCAGCUGUUGAGAGAUGCAUUAACUUCACUGGUGGUUCUGAGGCCGAUGAGCUAAUUCUCGUUCUCGAUGACAUGUUGCUACAAUACAUUUCCACUCUUCAGGGUAACCUAAAAUCACUCAGAUUAGUAACUGGAGUGGAUGUGUCAUCUGAAGGUGCUGGUGCAAAGAAGGAAACAGGAUCAGAUAGAAAAGAAGGAGCUUCACAUGCUCGUAAAGUUGAUUUUAUGUCAAACGAGGAGGAGUGGUCAUUUGUUCAGGGUGCUUUACAAAUUCUCACGGUUGCAGAUUGUUUAACAAGCCGAUCUUCAGUCUUUGAAGCUUCGUUGAGGUCAACUCUCUCUAGAUUGAGCACUAAUUUGUCUCUUUCCGUAUUUGGUACAAGUAUUGAUCAACACCAAUUAAAUGUGGCUGCUGCUGAUGGAAGUGGGGAAUUGUCCAUGGCUGGAAAAGCUGCCUUGGAUGUGGCAGCUGUUAGGCUUGUCGAUGUUCCUGAGAAGGCUCGGAAACUUUUAAACCUAUUGGAGCAGUCAAAAGAUCCUCGGUUUCAUGCACUUCCAAUCGCAUCUCAAAGAGUAGCAGCUUUUGCAGAGGCGGUCAACGAGCUAGUUUAUGAUGUGCUUAUAUUAAAAGUGAGGCAGCAUUUUAGUGAUCUGUCUCACCUGCCCAUAUGGUCUUCAGUUGAACAACAAAGUUCUUAUCACCUUCCUAGCUUCAGUGCAUACCCCCAGUCUUACGUGACCAAUGUUGGUGAGUAUCUUCUAACUUUGCCCCAACAACUGGAGCCGCUUGCUGAGGGUAUUUCUAGCAGUGAUGCCAAUGCCGAGGAGGCACAAUUCUUCGCAACAGAAUGGAUGUUCAAGGUGGCUGAGGGAGCUACCGCACUAUACAUUGAGCAAUUACGUGGGAUUCAGUAUAUAACAGAUCGUGGAGCACAACAGCUGUCUGUUGAUAUUGAAUACUUGAGCAAUGUUCUUUCUGCCCUAUCAAUGACGAUUCCCCCAACUCUUGCAACAUUCCACACUUGCUUUUCAACGCCAAGAGAUCAGCUCAAGGAACUCGUAAAAUCAGAUUCAGGAAAUCAGCUAGAUCUCCCGACUGCUAACCUCGUCUGCAGGAUGCGGCGUGUGAGUCUGGAAUAG